AUGAAAAAUUACAAUCAGAAUGGUGGAAUAUGGAAUAAUAGAAAUCCAUCAAAAAAAUGUAUCCUUGGCUUCACAUGUCUUGAAAUUGCUUUGCUUAUAUUAUCAUUCUUGCUGUUAUGCGCUUUGGUCGGUAUUUCGGUGUUGUGGAUUCUUUUCUACCGAGACACGUCAUCUGCAAAUGCAGAAAAACGCGACCUUCUUGAAAAAGCAAACUUAUUAUCAGUUGGAGUAGAUGAGAGUGCGUCAUAUCAUGGCGGAUACGUGUGCACGUCUAGAGAAUGUGUACUUAUUGCUGGUUUUCUUGCUGGUAAUUUAAAUGAAAAGAUCAAUCCAUGUGAUGACUUCUACGAAUAUGCCUGUGGUAAUUACGGAAUUAAUCGACAUUUACCAUCGAGUAAAGCAAUUAUGCACACGUUAAGUGACAUGCAGAAUCGUCUCAAUAAACAAGUCAAGAAAUUAUUACAGGCUUCUGUAACUGAUGAAGAUAAGCCAUGGGAUCGUCUUGCAAAACAGUACUACCAAAAGUGCUUGGAUGAAGAAGCUCUAAAAGCAACAGGUGUUUCAUCGGUGAGAAAGUUGUUUCAAGAUUUAGGUGGAUGGCCAGUUUUAGAAGGUCAAACUUGGAGACCUUGGAAUCAUACUUGGGGAAAACAGUUAGCUAUAAUUACGAAUAAAACCGGUAUAAACGCGAUUCUUCUGGAAUUAGCCGUAACACACGACCCAUCAAACAGUUCGAAAUGUGUUAUUGAGAUUGAUCAACCGAAGUGGGGUGUAGGUUCAAGAUGGCCAUAUCUGGCUGGAAUAAAUGAUUCUGUCAUACAAAACUAUACAUUCUUAAUGAUCCAAACGGCUGUUAAUAUAGGAGCUGAUCGAAUUCAUGCCGAAAAUGAAAUGAUGAAAGUUAUUGAGUUUGAGUUACUUCUGGUAAAAUUUUCGGCUGAUGAAAUGACCCGACGUAACCCUGAACGCGGCAAUAAUCGUUUUCAACUUUGGCAGUUACGCCAUCUUUUUCCAGAUAUAGAUUUAGUAGAAUAUAUUUAUGCUGUUUUUGAUGGUUUGGAAGAACUAAGUCCAAAUGACACAAUUAUUAUUCGAGAACCAGAAUAUUUCCGAUAUUCACCAUUUUUGCCUCCUUCAAUGAGAGAACCAUUUUAUGCCUUCAAAGCUAACCAAACUGGCAUGCCCAAUAUCCCAGUCCCUGAAAGAUGGGAGGAUUGUGUUUUUCUUUCUACAGUAAUGAUUGAUAUGCCAGUUGGUAAGCUAUAUGUAGAAAAUCACUUCGAUAAAAUCAAAUCCAUGGACAAAAUGAACGAUUUAACGAAGCAUUUCAAAAAUGAGUUAAUCCGACAGUUGCAAACGGUAGAUUGGAUGGACAAUGAAACUCGACGGCGGGCAAUCAAAAAAGCGAAACAUAUUAAUUAUAAAAGUGGAUUUCCUUCAUAUAUUUUCAAUGAAACAUACAUGCAAAAAAACUGGAAUUUGGCAUGUUUUGUCAUUAAUAUUUAG